CAGAGAAAAUAAGUAGUAGAAUAGAAAAAAAAAAAAAUCUCAUUACAUGGGCUCGAAAGCGGCCUCGGUUCUAAGCCGUCAUCUCCGCUCCGCCACCGCCACCGUCACCUCAACCACCAGGGCGCACCGCCUCGACUCGCCGGUCGCCGUCAAGGAACUAACCACCACGAUCCUCAACCACAUCCGCCUGGGACGCCUCCCGAAAGCAAUCUCAAUCCUCUUCUCUUCCGCGACACCUCUGCCUUUCUCUCUCUACGCCCAUCUCUUCCGAAUUUGCGCGUCGAGCAAAGCCAUAAUCGAGACCCGGAAGCUCGAAUCUCAUCUAGUCACUUUCAACCCCAACCCUCCGGUCUUCCUGCUCAACCGGGCCAUCGAGAGCUACGGCAUAUGCAACUGCGUAAAGGAUGCGGAAGACCUGUUCGACGAAAUGCCGAACCGAGACGGCGGUUCGUGGAACGCGAUGAUCACUGCGUAUUCGAGAAACGGGUGCACUGAAGAUGCGCUGCAUUUGUUCUCCGUGAUGAUCGAGGACGGGGUUUUUGCCUCCGAGGUCACGUUUGCGAGCGUUCUUGCCUCGUGCGGCAAUGCCUUGGAGCUUUGGCUGUCGAGGCAGGUGCACGGCCUCAUCGUAAAAUAUGGAUUUUCGGGCAAUGUCAUCUUGGAGAGCUCGCUGGUAGACGUCUACGGGAAAUGUGGAGCCAUGAUUGAAUCGAGGAGAAUGUUUGAUGAGAUUCAGCAUCCAAAUGAAGUGUCUUGGAAUGUGAUAGUUAGGAGGUAUCUCGAAAUGGGGGAGGGAAACGAGGCUAUCAACAUGUUUUCAAGAAUGUUGAGGAUGAAUGUGAAGCCAAUGAGUUAUACUGUCUCCAACGCGAUUCUUGCUUGUUCGAGCUUUGGUGGAUUGAGAGAGGGUGUCCAAAUCCAUGGAUUCAGCAUCAAGAUCAACGCAGAGCAGGAUCAAGUGGUUUCGAAUACGCUCAUUGACAUGUAUGCCAAGUGUGGAGAUUUGGAGAGUGCAAGAACCGUUUUUGAGCUGCCUUGUUCCAAAAAUGUGAUUAGUUACACUUCAAUGGUAUCAGCUUGUGCUAUGAGGGGAAGGAUGUGCGAAGCUAGAGAGUUGUUUGAUGAGAUGCCUGAACGGACCGUGGUAUCUUGGAACGUGAUGCUCGCAGGGUACACACGCAGGUUGGACUGGGAAAACGCGUUAAAGCUCCUCAUAUUGAUGCGUAGGAAGACUAGGGAUGUCGAUCAUGUCACAUUGGGAUUGUUCUUCAACAUUUGUGCAGCGAUCCCAGACAUGAAUCUUGGGAAGCAGGUCCAUGGAUAUGCUUAUAGGCAUGGCUUCUGCUCCAAUGUUUUUGUCGGGAAUGCAGUUCUUGACAUGUAUGGCAAGUGUGGCAACUUGAUCAGCGCGAGGAACUGGUUCUACACGAUGAGCCAUUCGCGAGAUGAGGUCUCCUGGAACGCACUGCUCACAAGCUAUGCCCGUCGUGGGAUGAGUGAGCAAGCAAUGCAGGUGUUCUGGGAGAUGCAGGGCGAGGCUAAACCGAGCAAGUUCACGUUCGGGACAAUGCUGGCCGCGUGUGCAAACAUAUUUGCCCUUGAGGCGGGGAAACAGAUCCACGCCUUGAUGAUCAGGCACGGCUACGACAUGGAUAUAGUGGUGAGCGGGGCUCUGCUUGAUAUGUACUCAAAAUGCCGCCACAUUGCAUACGCCACGAGGGUGUUCGAGGAGGCCCCUUCCAAGGACGUGAUCCUCGUGAACUCGAUGAUCUUGGGGUGCCUGCAUAAUGGGAUGAGCGGGAGAGUGGUUGAACUGCUGGAUGCAAUGGAGGAGGAGGGCGUUAGGCCCGACCACAACACCUUCCGGGGGGCGUUGCGGGCUUGUGUUAGCGAUGGUGGUGUGGAGUUGGGGAGGAAGCUGUGGGAGUCGAUGAGUGAGAAGUACUGUGUGUUGCCUCAUUUGGAGGAUUACGAGUGCAUGGUGGAGUUGUACGGUGAGAAUGGGUUGGUGGAUGAGCUAGAGGCUUUUCUCAAGGACUUGCCUUUCGAGCCGACUGCAGCGAUGCUCAUCAGAGUGUUUGAUUGCAGUCGAAGGUACAAGUGGUUGAAGCUGGGAGAGUGGGCAGCUCAUAAACUGAAUCACAUGAAUCCUCUGCUUCCAUUCAGAUUUCAAAUCGUUGAUGACACCUAACAAAUCACCAAACGCUUUAUAGCUAAUCAACAUUAUUUAACCAAGACUCAAAAAUCCUACUGAAUCGCUCGGCUUUGAUCGACAAAUGAUUUCGGUUUCGAUUGACCCAAUGUAUACAACUCUACAUAAAUUUAAUUUUGUUAUUGUAGUAUUAGACUAUAUUGUGAUGAUAGUAUUUUGUCACUAGGUUAUAAGUAUUUUGUUUUGUCUUGAUUAACUACUAGGUUUGUUCUGUUUUUAAAAGAAAGGUUUGUUUUUUUUCUUGAGCUGGGGAUUGAGAUUUGUAUCUUC